UGGCUAUUACCUGCGCUGGCUAAAUAUCAAAAAAAAAAAAAGAAGACAAAGACAAAAAAAAAUAGAAAGAAGAAGUUUUUGGGUUAAUUUUAUUUUUCUAUUUUGGUCUGAUUUUUGCUAAAGUACCGACAUCCAACAUAAAUUAAGACUUUUUCAGACUAAAAGGAUGGCUGGCAGUCGCUUAGAGAAAAUUGGUACAAUAUAUACAAGGACAUCAGGGCUAAUUAGGUCUGGAGCAAUAAAUUGGGAAGAUAGACCUCUUUGGUAUGAUAUUUAUGAGGCAUCUCCUCCAAAAGAGGAACCCAGAUUUGAUAGACCUGCUCCCAACAUGAAAUUAAAAAAUAUUUUUUAUGCAGAAGAUCAAUUUAGAGCAAUGUUUCACAGGAACAAUAAACACCUAGGGACAUCUAACAUGUUUAAUAAUUAUUAUAAAUCUGUAUCUCAAAAGUUUAUAGAGAUUUAUCAAAGUUUGGAAAAAGAAAAUGCAGAAAAUUCUAAUCAGGAACAAUUAUAUAAAGAAGCGAUUGAAGUAUUAAGAAGGGAUAAGGAUAUCAAAAAAGAAACUGAGCAAGAAGAACCUUUAAGUCUAAGUAGUGCCUUUAAAGAAGCUAAAUCUAAUCAAAUUAAGGAGAUGCCAAAGGUGGAUGUCACUAACAUUUUUAAAGACUAAAAUAACUUUUAGAGCCUAGCAUAGUGUUUUUUGUGUAUAUGAACUAUGAAAGUAGAUAUUAAAUUUUAAUUACCA